CCGAGAGUGAAAGGUCCUAGUUCACCUUAUCCCUUUCGCAUGAUCAGAUAAAAAUCUUCUUGUGUCAACACAAUUGUUUUAAAAAUUUUAAAAAAGUUUCCUUCUUUGUUGAGGAAAACUGAAAAAUGGCGGAAACUAAUACUGCGAAGAAACACUUUGUAUUGGUUCACGGAGCUUGCCACGGCGCGUGGUGUUGGUACAGGGUGGUGGUUUUGCUGGAGAAACACGGCCACAAAGUCACCGCCGUGGAUUUAGCCGCUUGUGGCCGGGACGUCGACAGCCGCCUGGAAGAUUUCCAGACGAUUGACGACUACCAUAAGCCGCUUUACUCUUUCUUGGAAGGUUUGCCGGCCGACGGAGGCGAGGAUAAGGUUAUUCUGGUCGGCCACAGCUAUGGUUGCUAUGCGGUUUCCUCCGCCAUGGAAAGGUUCCCGGAGAAAAUCAGUUGGGGUGUCUUUGUUUCCGGGUACAUGGUUGGUCCUGAGUUGAGUAUCGAAAAGUUUACCUUCAAGCUUACAGGACAAGACAAUUUAAUGGAUACGGAAUUGAAAACCGUAGAAGUGAAUGGAAAGACCCAAACUCAUAUGACUUCCGGAAAAAGGUUCUUAGCUGCCCAUUAUUACCAAAAUUCACCGCCCGAGGUAAAAACACAACAUCUUUCUAUGCAUGUAUCUUUUGUGAAUGGAUUAUAUGUGUGCAUGGUUUGUAUAACAAUUUGGUUUGGAAUGUUACGGUUACAAAUACAAAUAAAAUUCCAAACCAACGUUCAUCUCUUUCCCCAAGAUUAGACACUCUAAUUUAUUCUCUGGCUAUCAACAAAAGAGAGAAUCUGGUUGGUGUGUUUGUUAUCCACGAAAUGUAUUAAUGUAAUUUUCUAAGUUUCGGUUGAGGUAAAAAUAUUAUCUGGUGACUAAGUCAUGCCUUCACUCUGUUUCUUUAUUUUUCUAACAUUUUGUCUAAGGUUUCUUCGAAUAAAGUAAAUACUAUCAUUUUCUAUAAUCUCGUAACAGGAUCUACAACUUGCAUCUUCGUUACUCCGGCCAAUGAGAAGGUUCAUGGGCGAGGAUGAGAUAAAGAAACCACUGUUGGUUACAAAGGAGAAAUUCGGAUCAGUUCGACGUGCAUACAUCAUUGGACACGCAGUGGAGGAGACAAAAGCGAAUCAAAGGUGGAAUGUCGAAAAGAAUCCGCCAGAUUUCGCUACAGAAAUACAAGGAGCAGAUCAUAUGAUCAUGUUUUCUAAACCUCAAGAACUUUGCGACAUUUUACUUGAGAUAGCUCGGUGAGAAAAUAUAUACUCUCUACGUUCCAAAAUUAUUGUCUAGUUUAGAUUUUCAAUUUUGAUAUUGUACUAAAAUUAAAAAUCCAUACCGAACCAUCAGACGGAGAAAAUAUACACUACCUAGUCUUCAGUUAGCUAUAUAUAUUAUGGAAAUUAGAUUUAUGGAUUGUUAAUCAUGACCCUCUCAAUUUUAUUUUUAUCCCUACGAAUUUCAAAUUUACAAGAGGGAAAUAAGCGUAAGACCCUGAAAUAGGGAUUAUCAAUAACAG